AAAAUCUCUGAUGCCUCCACGACAGUGGUUAUGUCAUUCACCCACGUGCUAACCUUUCCCCUAGUUUUGACAGUCGGCACUGCAAUUUUGAUAGGCGCUUCGUUGACAAAGAACAUUCAAAAGUUUAGAAGGCUACCAAAAUAAUACAGGUCCCGGUUCGAGGAUGUGGACGACCGCUAUAGCACGAUGUACCCUGCCGACCAUGCUCAAGCGAAGCUCCGUCUUGGCCUGCCAUGCCUUGAAGGCUGGGGGUAGGCCUGGUUGGGCAGCUGCCAUCUCCUCAUCUCCUUCUCUUCACCUGACCUGGAGGCAGCUCCGUGGGCACGGGACCCAGGCACCCUCCCCGCUCCCUUCCAAUGCCCUGGGGGACAGCCCUGGGGUGAGGCACGUCCGGGCCCUGGAUCAGGAAAGGCUGCUGGAGGUUGAGUGGGAGGGCAGCGGACAGAGCCUGUACCCGUACACAUGGCUUAGGGACAACUGUCAAUGCCCACUGUGUACCUUGCAGUCAGCCCAGGCUCGCAGCCUGCUGCUCUCCCAGCUGGACAUCCACACUGGGGUCGACCGGGUGCAGGUCACUGACAACAACAAGGUGUCCAUAGUGUGGCCGGACCAGCACACCAGCGAGUUUGACCCAGAAUGGCUGAGGAAACGGUGCUUCUCUCCUGCUGCCAGACAAGCUCUACAAGAGGAGCUCUUCCUAAACGAGCGUACGUACUGGGACUCAGAGCUGCGGAUCCCCACGGCCAACUUCGAGGAGGUCCUCCACGACGACAAGGCCGCCCUGGCCUGGCUGCUGGCUCUACGCCGCGUGGGCAUUGUCUACCUGAAGGGGGCGCCGGUGGAGCAGGGUCAGGUGGCCCGACUCAGCCAGAGGAUCGGAUACCUCCGACUGACGUUCUAUGGGCACACAUGGCAGGUGCAGGACAAAUCCCAGGCUAACAACGUGGCCUACACCUCUGGCAAACUCAGUCUCCACACUGACUAUCCAGCACUGCACUACCCACCUGGAGUGCAGUUCCUGCAUUGCCUGAGCCAGGCUGGCGAGGGCGGGGAGAGUGAAGCGGUGGACGGCUUCCACAUGGCAGAUCAACUGAGGAGAGAAGACCCCGAGGCCUUCAGGACCCUCACCUCCCUGCGGGUGGACUUCACUGACACAGGGUCCGACUACUGCGACUUCAUGGUGCAGUCCAAGAACCACAUCAUAGAUGUUGACAGUGAUGGGCGGGUGGUCCGGAUCAACUACAACAAUGCCACCAGGGACUCUGUGCUGGACCUCCCCCUGCACCAGGUCCAGGCCUUCUACAGCUCCCUCAAGGCCUACGUCCAGCUGAUGAUGCGACCAGAAAACAUGCUCACCUACAAGAUGGAGCCUGGCGACCUGGUCACCUUUGACAACUGGCGCCUGCUCCAUGGGCGGAAGAGCUUUCAGAGCCACCCAGACCGGAUGAGACAUCUGGAGGGAGCCUACCUGGACUGGGACGAAGUCAUGUCUCGCCUGCGGAUACUCUGCAAGUCUGUCCACGGAGAGAGCUAGAUCCGCCAAGCCCCCAGAGCGAAGCCUCCUCCAAAUAUAUAGAACCGCGUCAAUCUACAACAGGGCUCUCCAACCCUGUUCCCGGAGAGCUACUGUCCUGUAGGUUUUUACUUCAACCCUAAUCUAGUGCACCUGAUUCUAAUAAUUAGCUUGUUGAUAAGCUGAAUGAAUCAGUUUAGUUGCAACUGGGUUGGAGAGCCCUGAUCUACAGAAUUUAUGAGCGGCCAAAAGAGGUAGAGGCUAAUUGUCUAGCGGGCUACCGCUACUCGUGUGUGGGUCAAGAUGGCUGCCAGUCUUUUGAACAGAGUGACAUGUGGGCAAAGUGCAAAGAAGAUGGGGGAAAAGGGUUGACCAUUUCCCUAAAUGAUUAACACUCCCCUUUAUAAGUAGCAUACCUACGGAGAAUCUGUCUUUAACUGUAUGAAGCUGGUAGACUAUAGUGCCUUUGUUCCUAGGGUUGUGUAAGCGAACAUAUUGAGCUAUUUUUCUAAUCGGCCUGUGUUCUGCUGGUCAAAAUGUUGUAGCACUUUACUACAUCAACUUCUCAAUGUCUUAAGGGUGUCAUAUCAACAAGAGGUGAUGAAGUUUUUGACAUUUUCUACCUCUUGUAUCCAGUAGUAUAGUUCAGUUUCAGCCAUCUAACCUUAAGAAAAAAAUAUUGUAUAGCACUAGUAUCAGCCCCAGAAAUCAAUCCUUUUUUUAGUAACUCUCUUUACAAUAACUCUCCAUACGUAAAAUGUAUGCACAUGCAAGUUUGGAUUAAAGCAUCUGCUAAGGGAUUCAUCUAAAUGUACAGAAUGGUUACCUGGAGGAAAUUGGGGUAGGGUCUUGUUUUUUCAAUUUCAGUCGAGGGGAAGGUGUAGUAUUUUUUUUGUUAUCUAGUCCAGGGGGAGGGUCAUGUAACGUGUAAUUUCAAUAUUGAUCAAUGUUUUAGAAUGAGUUACUUAUUAGGCUACAUUUUGAUGUGUGCCGGAUGCCGCCCCUUUUCUCUGAUUCUCCACUGGGUGCUCAAUAUGAAGUGUGCAUAUAGACUCUUUAGUGUAGUCUCAAUCAAAUGAUCCAUAGCCUACGAAGUGCAUGCUCAGAGAAGCACAGAGCAAAGUUAUGUUUCUAAAAUAGCUGACGAUGGUGUAAAUACAACUUGGCUGCGUUACACACCGCAAUGGAUAUUCCAACCUGGAGCCCCUGCCUGCUCUUGCUGAUCAAAAACGUUUUUGUGUGCUGCCUAACCAAUGGCUGUGCUGUGUAGGGCUACAGUUCUCAGGAGGCUUCUACAAAUGUAAAAAAAAAUAUUGCGCAUAGCCUAUGUUCUGUUCAGUUUGAGAAGGAGAGUGCAACAAUAUGUUUCGAGUAAUUUACAUCGUGGUGCUGAAACUUGAAGCAGCAGCCUCGGCACAAUCAAUCAGAAAUAGACAGCUCAUGGUGCUGAAAGUAGGCAUAAUUCAUUUCAGCAGUCUUCAUUUGAGUGUGACUUUGUGUUGGAACCUAUUUCUUCCUAUUUAAGAAAGAGGUAGGUCUACCUGUUUGAUAGAUGAAAUUAGGCAAUAGAAUGCUAUAUCCAUAUAUUUGUCGCUCGUUCCUCCACCUGCUCUUUAAAUAUCCAACCUCCAUGUCGAUGACAGGCUGUUAAGUUAAAACCAAGACUCGAAUUGACGGGGUAUGAAAGGGGAUGCCAUCCCACCUACCUUUUAUUAAAGAAAAUGGCAGAAAUCACAGACUUUUGUUCGCUUAAGAUUUGGAAUCAAAUUAAAGUGAUGUUUAACAGUG